AUGAUGCGACUAUUCUAUAACCCGCAGUCACGCGGACGCGGACCGAAGACGGUUCCCACGGAUGAUAUCAUCCCACUUCGCUUUUGGGAUACAGCCCUGUGUAUGCGAGGCACUGUUAUAGACAUCUCCCUGAAGUUCGAUGAUUGCUUGGAUAUAUCCAAGAUUCGAGCCGCUUUGGAUGAGCUGUUCAAGUUGGAUAAUUGGAAACAGGUUGGGGCUCGGCUGCGCGAGCACGUAUGUGAUCUCCUUUUUGCCUUUGUCGGGUUGAACCGUAUUCGUACUGAUUUCAUAUCCCCCCCUCAGAAUGGAAAGCUCGAAUACCAUAUUCCACAGUCCUUCGACUCAUCGAGACCAGCUUAUCACUUCACCAACGUCGAACAUUCGAUGAACAUUGGUGACCACCCACUUGGCAAGAAGCUCCCUCAAGCAAGCGACAAGCCUAUGGUUUAUGGCUCCCCCGAUGAAUUUACCCCUCUCGUCUGCGGCGUGGAUAGCCCGACAAGCUUAGACGACUGGAUUCACUCCGAUAGACCUCAGUUUUCCAUCCACACGGUCAGCUUCAACGAUUCUACAAUUAUUACUGUGACGUGGAUCCAUACACUGGCCGACGUGAUGGGUUUGAAGAUAUUUCUUGAUGCGUGGACAGCAAUGCUCAGAGGCGACCCAACCGCUGUCCCAAAGCUGGAAGACUUCCGAUCAGAUCCGCUGUCUCUCCUCGGACAACGAACACCAGCAAACAAGUACCAUUAUUAUGACCGUGUAUUUGCUCGAAAGGACUUUUUCUGGUUCAUUGGGAUGAAUAUUCUGGAAAGACUAUGGUACCGACAAGAGGAACGGCGCACAAUUUGUUUACCCGCUGCAUCGUUGAAGCACCUUCGCUCCAGAGCGAUGGACCAAAUCUCGGCCAUAUCACCCACUGAUAAAGAGUCGGCACCUUUCGUCAGCGAAAGUGAUGUCCUGCUGGCAUGGUGGGUAAGUACAGUUCAUAGCGCAUUGGCCCUUCGGCCUGAUCAAGUAAUUCUGGUCAACAAUGCGUUGAAUUUGCGGACAUCAACCCAUGAUGCAUUUGAAACAUCAGAGGAUAUGUAUAUGGGCAAUGCCUUGUGUAUGUCGCCUACCUUUCUCUCCGGAAGGCAGAUCUCUGAAGAGUCACUUGGCCAGAUUGCUCUACGAAUCAGAGAGUCGUUGGUACAACAGCGGACGACGGAGCAGGUUGAGGCAAUGACUGCAUUGCAGAUGGAGACAAUGGAGACAACGGGGUAUCUAGCGUUGGUCGGUGACCCUCGAAUGUUGCUCCUGUCAUGCUCCAAUUGGAAUAAAGCCCGCCUCUAUGAUAUGGAUUUCUCCUCUGCUGUGGUGCGGAAAUCACCGAGCGCAGAUAUUGAUCGAUUGCGGGCCCCUGGUAAGCCUACAUACGUCAACGGGGUUCAGCACUCAGCCAACUCGUUCCGGAAUGUGCUAUCGGUGAAAGGAAAGGACUCGGCUGGAAACUGGUGGUUGACAGGUGUACUGCGCACGAACGCAUGGAAGCGCGUUCAAGCCCAACUGGACAUGAUAGAUACGAUCUAG